GAAUGUAUGAUAGCAGAAGUGAAGCUAAUCGCCUAAUCCUCAAGAAAAAGCGAAAAUGGGAUUGCCCGCACCCAAACUUCCACCUUAAUGAAGGCAGGAGAUGAUUGCAAGAAUUUUCUUUUAAGAAAAGUUAAUCCAAAAGUUAGCACAAAAAACAAUCUUUUCCAGCAAAUCCGAAUUAAUUCACAUUUCAGGUCCGUUUCUCACCAGAAACAAGAUUGAUAAAUUCGCCCGUAUUUGCAUACGGUGAAGGAAAAAGCCACCAGAGGGAAUGGGCCAGGCAGCUUCGGCCUCGAGGCCCAAAUUCUUGAAGUCUGCCGCCGUGAUCUCGCCGCCGGUGGCGGAACCGGGCUCGGAAAACCCUGAUGAAGUGGGGGAUGACUUGGAUGACUCCGUUGCCGGGAAUGAUUACACUUUGAACAUUCCUGACGAAUGCCUUGCCUGCAUUUUCCAUUCGCUUUCGUCGGGCGACAGAAAGCGCGCCUCUUUGGUGUGCCGCCGCUGGCUGAGAGUGGAGGGGCAGAGCCGCCACCGACUGUCGCUCAAUGCUCAGACGGAGCUUGCUAGUGUCAUUCCUCGCUUGUUCCUUCGUUUUGAUGCGGUUACUAAGCUUGCACUGAAAUGUGACCGCAGAUCUGUUAGCAUUGGCGACGAUGCUUUGAUUCUGAUCUCGCUCAAGUGCAGGAACCUCACGAGAUUCAAGCUCCGGGCCUGCCGCGAGCUCACUGAUGAUGGGAUGUCGAUUUUCGCCAAGAAUUGCCGGAAUUUGCAGAAAUUUUCUUGUGGGUCUUGCAGCUUUGGGGCUAAAGGUAUGAAUUCUUUGCUCGAAAAUUGUGGGUUGCUGGAGGAACUGUCGGUGAAGCGGUUGCGUGGCAUUACCGAUGGGGCUGUAUCUGAAUCCAUUGGCCCAGGAAAGGCAGCGGAUUCUUUGAGAGUUAUUUGUUUGAAGGAUCUUUACAAUGGCCAGUGCUUCGGGCCGUUGAUUAUUGGGGCUAAGAAUUUGAGGAGUUUGAAGCUGUUCAGAUGUUCCGGGGAUUGGGAUAAGAUGCUUGAAGUUGUUGCUGAUAGGACUGAUGGGCUUGUAGAGAUUCAUUUAGAGAGGCUUCAGGUUAGCGAUCUCGGGCUGUCCGCAAUCGCUAAGUGUGCAAACCUUGAAAUAUUGCAUUUGGUAAAAACUCCUGAAUGCACAAACAUUGGACUUACGGCGAUUGCAGAAAAAUGCAGGUCGCUUAGGAAGCUCCAUAUUGAUGGAUGGAAAACAAAUAGAAUAAGUGAUCAAGGAUUAAUUGCUGUAGCUACUUACUGUCCUAGUCUGCAAGAAUUGGUGUUGAUCGGUGUGAAUCCUACGCAUUUGAGUUUAGAGAAGUUAGCUACAAAUUGUCAAAAUUUGGAAAGGUUAGCUCUCUGUGGCAGUGAAACUGUUGGGGAUGCUGAGAUAUCAUGCAUUGCUGCAAAAUGUAUUGCCUUAAGGAAGUUGUGCAUAAAGAGUUGUCCAGUUUCGGACCAUGGCAUUGAAGCAUUAGCCGGUGGGUGCCCUAAUCUGGUGAAGGUGAAGGUUAAGAAGUGUCGGGGGGUGACCUCUGAGGGAGCAGAUUGGUUGAGGGCAACUAGGGUUUCUCUUGCAGUGAAUUUGGAUGCCAUCGAGCCUGAAUUGCCGGAUGCGGGAAUCAUUGAGCAGGAGAUUGGUGCUGCUGAUACCCCAUUAAUGGGUGGUCGAAAUAGGGAUGGUAACGCGAGGUCUGCUUCAUUUAACAGGUUACGUUCUUUUUCAGGGAGGAGCUUGGUGGCAUGCACCUUCAGGAGGUGGGCAAGCUUUGGUAGCAGGUCACGGAAAAAUUUGGGAAGGAGCUGAUGCAGAUUAGCAGUUGGCAAGUCAAGCUGUUGAUCUGUUCAACUCUGCAUUCUGGUUCAGCACUUCUAUUCUCUGUACUUGAAUGCCUUUAUGGAACCAUUAUUGGCACGUUUAAGAUUGGGUUUGCGCUAUUUGCUGCCCACCCCUUACACUGGUAAGAGUCCCAGAAUAUGAAGAAAGGGUCCUAGAGCAUGAGAUCAAGAUUAACUCUAGUUCAAUUUUUCCAAUAUUCACUAUAUGAAGAUCACAUCUGCAUAGCUGUUCAUCGACUGAAAAUGAUGGGCUUGCAAUCGUAUUUUACAAUGACAGACUUGUUUGAUGUUCUUUUAAUCUUAAUCCAUAUACAGUGAUCUCUUUCUCAAUUUUCACUCCUCAUGUAUAUGUUAUGUUGCCUCACAU